AUGCAAUGAUUUAUAAAAAUGUAUCAUUCAUUCAAAUGAGAUGGUGACCCACCAUAUAAUUAAAUAAGCUAAAGAAUUACAAAUCAUUUAUCAUAUCACACCCACAUGUUAUUUGAUUACCUCCAUUGUCUUUAUAUGUAUUUUGUCAAGAAGACAUAUGUGGGUAAUGGUGGUAAAAAUAUAUUUUUCUGCUUCAGGAAACUUCAAAGCAACGGCAGCAGUCUCGAAACCAGACCAAGCUGGUGAUUGCAGCACCCCUGUCACUCCUACAUCAGCUUCUUCGAAGCGUCCUGCACCAGUACCUCCAGAGUUGCUUGCUCUCAAAAUACCAUUAAGCAAGACCACACCACCCUUAAGACCAGAGCCUGUUUUGGGUCUCAGGAUUGUUGUGCUGCAUUCAGGAUCCCAAACCCUGAACCACAUGAACACCUGCUGUGGGACUCCUGGAAGACAACAGAUGCUGCAGUAGCUGAGGCAACUUCUGGAAGCCUCACCAACAGCUGUGCUUCUAGAAGGAAGUACAACAGUGAAAUUAGCAUCAAGCUGGACUUGUUUCACUGUAUGCGGCGUUUCUCCAGAGAGUGCACUUCAGAACAUCAUCCGCUGUACAGCACAUUCUGCAAAUUCCUGUCAGCAGCGUUCUGUGUAGUUGACCAGGCAGACCUGCAGAGGCUGCGGCAGGCCUACAUUUUCUGUGGGAUCGAGCCACCAAACCCAACAAAGCAGCACAUUAGAGACCACUGCCGCAACAAGAUCCCAGGUCCUGCAGAGUUGGUGGAGAGAGUGGAAAGUGUUCUGCAGAGAUUUUACUCAGAACGUGAUCCUGAUGGGGUGCCGCUUUUCAAACCCUCCAUGCUGAAAGUGUGGAGAAUUCAAAGGGUUCACAUCCUCCGUGGCUGUUUGAGUGACCCAGAGGUUGGAGAAGGAGUCCUCUACAGACACGGAGGAACCAUACAGUUGAACCACGUUAAGGGGGAGAAAGCGGCAGUACCUGUGUGGAUCCCUGUGAGGGGAACUUCUCAGCAGGAGGGCUUUCAUUUCCACCAGGCCAGGUGGGUCACUGGGACGCAGGUGUCCACUGAGCUCUUCCAGGCACAGGGGAUGAUGGGAAUUGCUCGGUGGAAUUUUCAGCGCCUUGUGGACCUGAAACAGCCGGAUUUGAAGCUCCCUGCAGUUUUUGACCCUGUUCUGGUGUCAGACCUGAACAGACUCGCUCAGGAAAUUAUAGGCCAAACCAAAUAUCCAGCUUUACACAUUUCCAACAGUGAUACAGGAGAAAGGUUUGGUCUGCAGUACCUGGAGCCAGGCUGUCGCCCUGUCCCCCUGAACUGGGACAAAAAUAAGUCCCAGAAAGUACCCCCAGCUGAGGAUGAAGCUUUUCAUUACAAGGAACCAAAAACUGAAUGUGAGAUUUUCAUCGAUCCACUUGAAGAAGUGAGGGAGGAGCUCUUCGUUCAGGGGGGCACUGCUGCUGUGGCUACAUUAGGCUCACAAGGUGGGGUCCAGCAAAGCCCCAAAAAGACACCAGUGACACCUCUGCUUCCUGCUGCCUCUCCUCGAGCUGCCCGCAAAGGUCCCAUCAAAGCAGGUGGUCUGAUCUUUGUGCUGGACCACUCCCGGUGGACACAGCCCAUGAGGGAUAAGAUUGACCAGCUUCUACAAAAGCACCAUGGGCAGAAAGACUGCCUCGUUAAGGUGGAUGCUGAAUAUGCUGUUUGUGUUCAGGCUUCCCAGAAAGACCCAAACAGCCUUUUGCACCCGACCACCAAACACCAUAUUUCGCGUUACGUGAAGCAUCUAGCCAAGAUGAAAAACACAAAAUCAUCUUUAAACAUCAGCCCAGAGAAGCUUCUAGAGACGCAACAGCUGUGGCAUCAUCUAACAGAAGGUAGUGAGACUGUUAGUGUUCCAGUAGUCACUAUUCCACCUGCAACUGUGAACCCCCCUACCAUUAAGCUCCAGGAUGCUCCACUAACGAAAGCACAAAUUGAGCAAAUGGUGAAGGAGAUUGUGCAACAGCAACAGCAGCAGAAAGAUCAGCAGCCCAUGAAGAAGAGAACUAGGAACUGUCUAGCAUGUGGCCAGCCAAAGUCCCGUUUUCAGGGUGACGGCUCCUCUGUUCAUUUCUUCUAUCAGUCUGCAGAGGUAAAGUAUUUUUACUGCUCACAAAAGGUUUACCAGACCUAUGUGGCAGAGGGCCUGUCUGACCCUCGAAUGUCAUUUUCUGACUUUGCGGACACACCAUUUUUCGCUCGAGAGCUGGAGGCUGCAAAACAACGCGCAGCUGAAGUAAGACGGGUGAUGGAGGAACGGGGAAAAAGGAAGGCCAAGGAGGAGCAGCCUGCUGGGCGUCUGUGCAGGUUCUGCCACAGACCUCUCAAACAAGGCCCAAACAGUUCCCAUGUUCACACUGGGUUCCCUGGUGUGAAUGGGAAGUACAUUUACUGUCCUGCAAAAGUCCUAUCCUUGUACCAGUCCCAGGGAAUGAAAGGGGAAAUGACAUGGGGGGAGUUUUCUCAGUCCUCUUUUUAUGAGGCUGAAAAGGAGAGGUGGGCUGCCGAAAAGGACAAAUAA